CGUGGACUUCUUUCGGCAACGCAAACUCAACGAAGGAGUCUUAGAGAAGUUGAAGAUAUCAUUGCUGUCCGUGAAUGCACUGCUUGAAGACGCGGAGGAAAAACAACUUACAAAGCCUGCUGUGAAACUGUGGCUCGAUGACUUGAAAGAUGUUGUCUAUGAUGCAGAAGACACCUUGGACGAGAUAGCCACCGAAGCCUUGCAACAUAAGUUGGAUGUUGAAUUCCAAACCACUUCAAGUAAGGUACACAACUCUAUCUCUAAGUUUCUUAGUAAUUUUAACAAAGAGAACCAAAAGAUAAAAGAGCUACUUGACAAACUAGAAUAUUUAGUUAGACAAAAGGAUGUUCUAGGUCUGAAAGAAGGUUCUGGAGGAGAAUCAGUAAAGAGACGCGCCAGCACUUCUUUGGUUGAAGAAUCUGGUAUUUUUGGUAGGGAUGAUGAUAAGGAAAAAAUAAUAAACUUGUUACUCUCAAAUGAUGCAAGCAGCAAUGAAAAUUUGUGUGUGAUUCCCAUAGUGGGCAUGGGGGGAAUUGGCAAGACCACCCUUGCUCAGCUUGUAUACAAGGACAAUAGGGUGAAGGAACAUUUUGACCUUCAAUCAUGGGUAUGUGUUUCAGAUGAUUUUGAUGUGUUUGGGGUAACUAAAACAGUUCUAGAGUCAGUGACGUCGUCAACUUGUGAUAUAAAGGAUCUAAAUCUGCUUCAAGUUAAACUACAACAGAAAUUGAUGGGGAAGAAAUUCCUACUUGUUUUAGAUGAUGUUUGGAAUGAGAAUUAUGCUGAUUGGGAGAUCUUAAGUAAUCCUUUUAAAAUUGGGGCACCAGGAAGUAUAGUAAUUGUAACCACACGCAGUUGCAAUGUUGCAUCAAUCAUGAACGCUCUUCCAAUUGAUCGUUUAAAGCCGUUAGUCGAAGGAGAUUGUUGGUCACUAUUUGCAAAAUAUGCAUUCCAUGAUGACGAAUUUGAUGCACGUCGAGAGCUAGAAGUAAUAGGUAGACAAAUUGUGAAAAAAUGUGAAGGUCUACCUUUAGCAGCAAAGACAAUUGGGGGUCUCUUGCGUUCUAAACCAGAUGUUGAUGAAUGGGAGAGGAUAUUGAAGAGUGAAUUAUGGGAUUCGUCAUUUGAAAAGACAAAUAUUCUUCCGGCUCUAAGAUUAAGUUACAAAUAUCUUCCAUCACAUUUGAAACAAUGUUUUGCUUAUUGUUCAAUAUUUCCCAAGGAUUGUGUUUUAGUAAAAGAUGAAAUAGUCUUAUUAUGGAUGGCAGAAGGUUUCUUAGCAGAAACUAGAAACAAAAGAAUGGAAGAGGUUGGUGAAGAUUACUUCCUUGAUUUGGCAUCAAGAUCAUUGUUGGAACAAUCAAGUGGCAAUAAAUCAAGUUUUGUAAUGCAUGAUCUUGUCAACGACUUGGCAAAAUUUGUGUCUGGGCAAUUUACCUUUAGAUUGGAGGUUGACAAUUCUCCCGAAAUUGUGAACAGGAUUCGUCAUUUGUCGUAUUUUAGAAACGAAUUUGAUAACUUUAAGAAGUUUGAGGAUCUUUACGAGGCUACUCGAUUGCACACAUUCUUGCCAUUGGAGCUGUUGCCAUCGAAUAAUUCCUACUUCUACUUAACAAAAAAAGUACCACUUGACUUAUUGCCAAAUCUAAGCUCAUUGCGGGUGCUCUCUUUAUCUCACUAUCAAAAUAUGACUGAGUUACCUGAAUUAAUUGGCAAAAUUAAGCAUUUACGUUAUUUGAACAUUUCUUCCACUGCAAUUCGAAGGUUGCCUGAUUCCGUGUGUAAGUUAUGCAAUUUGCAAACAUUAAAUUUAUCAGGUUGUAAAGAUCUUUCGGUAUUACCAAGAGAUAUGCGGAAACUCGUUAAUUUACGUCAUCUUGAUAUUACUGGAACUGUCAUAAAGGAGAUGCCAAUGCAGUUGAGUAGACUAAAAUGUUUACAAACAUUAACUAAAUUUAUCAUUAGCAAACAAAAUGGGGCUUGCAUUGAAGAGUUGGGAAAACUUGCAAAUCUUCGAGGAAGGCUUUCUAUUUUAGAGCUCCAAAACGUUGUACCUCCUACUGAUGCUUUGAAAGCAUGCUUGAAUGAUAGAAAGUACCUUGAAGAGUUGGUGUUGGAAUGGAAUGCAUUGGAUACUAAUAUUUCAGAAUAUCAAAGAUCUGUACUUCACAAUCUCCGGCCCCAUAGUAACUUGAAAAGUCUCACUAUCAACAACUAUGGCGCCGGAAGUUUUCCAGAUUGGGUUGGGGAUCAUUCAUUCUCUAACAUAACUUUCCUACGCCUAGAAAACUGUAAUCAUUGUCGCAACUUGCCACCACUUGGGCAGCUAUCCUCUUUGCAGGGCCUCUUUGUCAUUGGGUUUGAAGAAGUUGUUAAAGUGAAAAUUGAGUUUUAUGGCAGCAAUUCUUCAUCAGUUCGGCCAUUUGGAGCCUUGAAAGUUCUAAGGUUCGAGAAAAUGUUGAAGUGGGAGAAAUGGUCUUCUUUUGUUGCUGAAAACGAAGGCGGAGUUUUUUCUCAGCUUGAAGAGCUUUACAUUGACAACUGCCCUAAGUUGACAGGGCGGCUGCCGGUCGAUCUUCCUUCUUUAGCAAAGCUUGAUAUUCGCAAAUGUCCGCAGCUGGUGGAUUCACUCCCGAGGGCUCCUUCUUUACUUGAAUUGCGAGUAUUACAUUGCAAAGAGUUUCUGUUGAGGGGGUUGCCAACCGGAUUGCAAAAGCUCAAUGUUGGAGGAUUUGGCCCACUGAAGUCCCUUCCCCGGGGACUGGUGGACUGCAACAGCAAUCUUCAGGAGUUAGCCAUCUCAAACUGUAACAUGUUUAGGCUCCCUAGACUGCCAAACUUUUCAUCCCUUGAAACGUUGCGGUUGGACGGCUGUGAUUCACUCAAGUCAUUUCCAUUAGAUUUAAUCCCAAAUCUUUUUUCUAUCAAAAUCUCCGGGUGUAAGAAUCUGGAAUCGUUUACAGCUUCAGAACAUCGUGGACGUGGUUUGAUGACCGUGCGUUUCUUCAUCAACAAUUGCCCAAAUUUUGCAUCUUUUCCAAGAGGAGGAGUUCGUGCCCCCGACCUCACAUUCUUCUGGGUCCAAAGUUGUCGGAGUCUGACGUCACUGCCGGAGAAGAUGGAUGUACUCAUGCCUUCUCUCAAGUCUUUCUAUUUAAUUGAUUGCCCAGAAGUUGAAUCGUUGCCCAGAGGGGGAUUUCCUUCAAAUCUGGAACUUAUCAACGUCCAGAGUUGUGAAAAACUCUUCGCCGGUCGGACGAGAUGGGGUUUGCAGAAUCUCCCGUCUCUUGUAAAUUUGUAUGUCGGUGGAAAAUCUGAAGAUGUGCGGUCUUUUCCAGAGCCGGGGUUGCUGCCUUCUUCUUUGACUUUUCUCGAUAUCUCUCAAUUUCAAAAUAUGAAAUAUUUGGAGAAGAAAGGGCUUCAACACCUCACGUCUCUUCAAGGGUUGACACUCCAUGACUGCCCCAAGCUCAAGCACGUGCCAGUGAAGGAUUUGCCUGCGUCGCUUUCCACCAUACGGAUCUACGCAUGCCCUUUGUUGAAGAAACGGUGGCUAAGCGGCCAUAAGGUUCCUGCCGUCGAUCACAUUGAGAUUGAUUGUGAAGAAUAUAUUGAAUGACCCAAAAGCCUCCUCUGUUCUGCUCAUCGAUCGCGCAUAAAUGUUGACAAGGGUGUCAUUUCACCAAAUAAUUUAGAAGUUCGAAGAACUUGGUGGCAAUUGCAAGAAGAAGAGGCAGGCAAAUA